AUGAGCGGCCGCAUCAGCAAUCGCAGCGUCGUCGUCGGCGUACGAGACGCGGCCGGAGGAUCCAGUGAUGACAAGGACAAUCCCAAUGAGUUCGAUGCACUUUAUGCCGAUAGUCAGAACAGUUCGGCACCGAACACAUCACCGAUUCUACUCGCAAACUUUGGGAUGAGAUGUCAAAGACUUCGAGACUUCUUCUCACUAAAGCAUUGCGUCCGAUGGAUGGUGUUCGUGCUGACGUGGUUGCAAUUGGGUAGCGUCAUGAAUUGUGUCGACGUAUUCUCAUUCUCCAUGGUUUACAUGGAGAAAAACUCGUCGAUUGCUGCAGAAGCAGGUUUGGACGAUAUCUACAUCUACUCUCUCGAAGAGAAGUCCAGUCUGAUCUCAGCCAUGGCUAUCGGUUCCCUAAUUGGAAUGUAUCCACAGAACAAUCUGAUGCAGAAAUACGGACCUCGUUAUGUAUUAACUGUCGCCAGUUUUCUGUGUGCCACCAUCACAGCCUUCAUGCCAUGGGCUCUCGACACCCAUUACCAUGUGGCAUUGGUUUUCAGGAUAAUUCAGGGGAUCCUCUAUUCUGCGGAUUUCGGAGUUGUGGGAUACGUCGUUUCAAAGUGGGCUCCGAUUUCUGAAACCGGAAUUUCAUUGGCAGCUUUGAGUGGAUUCACUGCUGCCAGGGCUGUCAUUCAGUUGCCUUUGGCUGGAUGGACCACAUCAAAUAUUGGAUGGAGACCAAUAUACUAUAUUCUGUCUGUUAUUCUUGUCAUAUCUACUGUCAUUUGGUUCCUGUUAUAUAGAGAUGACCCAGAAGAGCACUUUCUGGUUACACGUGUCGAAGUCCAAACAAUUACUGGUGGAAGAAUCACGGAUCACAAGAAGGACAAAAAGACACCGUAUCGAGAGGUUCUCUCGGAAAAAUCAGUUUGGGCUGUGUGGUUUGCCGGAUUCGCCGAUAUUUUCGCCAGUUUCGUUUUUCUUGUAUAUGGUGCACAAUACUAUGAAUAUCUCGGAAUGGACAUUCAGGCAAACGCAUGGCUCAAUUCAAUGAAAGGUUAUCUGUUUAUCGGUGUUCGUGUCAUUGCCGGUCUCGCCUCGGAUCGUAUUCAUUUUCUUCCGGAAAAAUCAAAAUUGCGGUUAUUCAACACGAUCUCAUUACAAGUACCCGCGUUUUUCCUCGUUCUCGUCGUUUUAAUGCCCCGUGAGCACCCAUAUCUACAUGUCGUUUGCAUCACCUUCUACCAGGCUUCGUUUGGGUUUAACUGUGGAGGAUUCUACAAGGGAGCAGCCUUGAUAUCGAGGCAAUUCUCUUACUUUGUAAUCGGGUAUAUUCAACUGUUCAAAUCGUUAGCUACUCUGCUCGAGCCUGUACUCUUCUCCCUUUUCGUACUUCCAGGAACUGAACUUUCUUGGACGAGCUACUUCCUGAUCCAUGCAAUGACACUGACUGUUGCCAACACGGUGUAUGUCAUUUUUGCUAGAUCAGAACCGGCUGACUUCGUUCUGAACGCCGACUUAGAGCUCAGCAAACCUCAGCUUCCAUGCGAAACCUCAAUCAAUUAA